AAAAAUGUAGUGAAAAAUAACCUUGCAUCUGCCUCGACUUAAAAACAAGAAGAGAGGCAUCGUGCGGAGACGGAUGGAGCCGCUCCUCCAGAUCCAUAAUCAUGAUGUUUUUAGACUCCAGCACAGACGGUGGCGGUAGAGGGCCAAAUCGCCCAAGAAAACCCCCGCCGUUAUUAACAAUCGCAUAUUCAAACUGUCCCUCCACGGACUCCGUAGUCGCGGUGCUUGCUGGUCCUCUGCGCUCACCGCGCAGGAAGUAAAUGUAAAUAUGUGUUCGCAGUGAGAUAAAAUAACUCUUUCCUCACCGUUGACUCAGCAACGCCGAAGCAACAGUCGCGAUGUUCGCCUCGUUGUUGAGACUUAAAAGAGCCCGGCUGCUCUGCCCGGAAGUGCUCCUGGGAGCCCCGGAGGCGAGGAGCGCGGGGUCCAGUUCCCUCGGUCCCGGCUGUCCCUGCGGGCCGGCGGCGUGGAGGCGCAGCGUCACCGCGGCCGCGAGGGACGUCGCCACCUGCGCGCCGCUGUGCGCCAAAGUCCGCGCCAGCGCGCACAAGAGAGAUCUGUCCGAGAAGAAGCUGACGCGUCACUUCGUGGACCACCGCCGCGUGAAGCUGCAGGCCGGCUCGGGCGGCAAAGGGGCGUCCAGCUUCCACAGCGAGCCGCGCAAAGAGUGGGGAGGACCCGACGGAGGGGACGGAGGAGACGGAGGGAGCAUCCUCUUCAGAGCGAACAAGUUUGUCAAGUCGUUGGCGCAGCUGCUUCCGGUUUACAGGGGAGAAAACGGUCAGUCGGGGGGCAACAAGAACUGUUACGGCAAGAACGGCGUCCCCACUUGUAUUUCUGUGCCUCUAGGCACCGUUGUGAAGGAACACGGGGAGAUCGUAGUGGACCUCGCCGAACACGGCCAGGAGUACCUGGCCGUGUUCGGCGGUGCCGGUGGGAAGGGGAACCGCUUCUUCCUUUCCAACGAGAACCGCGCCCCCAUGACGGCGACCCCGGGGGCGGCGGGCCAGGAGAGGGUCCUCCAGCUGGAGCUCCGCACCAUGGCCCACGCCGGACUGGUGGGGUUCCCUAAUGCCGGGAAGUCGUCGUUGCUGAGGGCCAUCUCCAACGCUCGGCCCGCUGUGGCGGCUUACCCUUUCACCACGCUCAACCCGCAUGUGGGCAUCGUGAACUACAGGGACCACGAGCAAAUCGCAGUGGCCGACAUCCCGGGCCUCAUUCGAGGGGCCCACCUCAAUCGAGGCCUCGGCAUCUCCUUUCUGCGGCACAUCGAGCGCUGUCCUUUCCUCCUCUACGUCUUGGACCUUUCCGCUCCGGAGCCGUGGACGCAGCUGGAGCACUUGCGUUACGAACUGGACCAGUACGAGCCCGGCCUCUCGCAGCGGCCGCGGGCCAUCGUGGCCAACAAAAUGGACCUACCCGAGGCCCGGGAGAAGGUGGAGACGCUGAAGAGCCUCGUCAGCGAGCGGGUCAUCCCCGUGUCGGCCCUCACGGGACAGAACGUGGAGGAGCUCAUCCUCCACCUCAGGGAGCUUUAUGACGGCUACCUCUGUGGAGAAGGCAAACCCUCCAGGUGGUAGUGGACACGAGCUCCACUCGCUCAACUGAUUUUUAUUGUUUCUAUUUAUUCUGCUCAAUAAAAUACUGAAAACCGGA